AUGGUGACGAUGAACCAUGACUACACCAAGGGUCAGAUGAUCGGCCUGGCCAUUGGGUUCAUGAUUAUUCCUACAGCGUUCUAUGGACUUCGCGUCUGGGCGAAGCUACUCGUCAAAAGAUUUGCAUGGGACGACUACCUGACUGGAGCAGCGCUCCCCACGUUCCCCGACGGCUCCCCAAUUAUGGAUGAUCCAGGGUUGAUCUUCUUCGAAGAGACAAAGUUUGCACUCAAUAUGAUUUCGAUUCUGGGCCUGGGGCUCGUCAAAUCAUCCAUCCUCGUGUUGUAUUACACCCUCUUCCCAAGCCAAAGGUUUCGCUACGUCGUCUUUGGCGUACUAGCCUUUGUGAUCGGAUGGACGGUUAGCUUCUUCUUUUCCCAUCUCUUCACUUGCUUCCCUAUCACGGUCUUCAUCGAGCCCUACUAUGGCAACUCGUGCGUUCAGACUGUACCGAUGUUCCUCGCGCUUCUGUUCACCGACGUCAUUGCGGACUUUGUCAUUCUCGUACUACCGGUCGCGAUGGUCCUCAAAGUCCAGAUGCCCCUUAAGAAGAAACUUGCAGUCAUUGCAAUGUUGGGACUUGGUGCUGCGUAG